UUGUUUAGACAUGGCGGAAUAUCAUUGAUCGCAACACCAGUCGCGAGGGAUAGUAAAUAAUUCAGAAAGGAUGGCUGCCCAAGCUCCGUAUAAGCUGGAUUUCGACAACCAGAAGCGAAAUGUCUUCGUCACGCAAUUGCAUGAACGUGAUGACGAGGAUGACAUCACAGCCUUUCCCGUGGUUAAGGAAUCUGGAGAUAAGCUCAUUGAGACAGGUAUCAACACUCUCCAGAAAACCUUGCUUCUCAAGAAAGAAGUGGAAGUUGACAAGGUCAAUGCGCAACUGGAAGCCAAGCGGUAUGAAUUCAAACAACGUAUGGAAAUGUGUGCGCACAGACAAAUUCAAGUUCAGAAAAAACAGCAACAGGCACAGAUUACUGGAGAUGAAGCUAGCAGCGUACAAAAUUUAUGAGGAAUAUCUUCAGAGUGUCAUAGAGGCAAUGCCAGAAGACUACUUGCCAUCGUCGGAGGAUAAAGUUAAAAGUCUAAUGAUGAGGCAUCGGACUCUCAGCGAAUCCAACAAAGGCUUAGUCAACAACUUGGAUGAAAUGACUGAUGAGUUGGAAACUUGCAAAAAGGCCCUGGAUGUGAUGAAGCAGGACCACCAAAAGGACAAGCUGUCCAACACAUCGAUGCUGUCACAGCUUCAGGAGAAGCAAGAGGAGAACUUGGACAAGAAUGAGCAAAUGGAGCAAACGUUCGAAAUGAGCAAAUGGGAAAUGAGAACAAGGAGGACGGAAGUUGGGGUCAUAUUCAUGGCAAUAAACAAUAUCUAUGACAAAUGCAGAAAGUCUGAUGACGAACCUGACAAGGCAGAUUGGAACUCAAAGUUGAACAGAAUAAGAGAUUACCUCCUGGAGAGAGAAGGAGUGGUGAGUUUGGUACAAAACGCACCCAGUUCCACCUCAGGAAGCUCGACCAUGGAACAGACAGUCACCCAGACUAAGUCACGAACAAAGGAAAAGGCACCAGUCAAGUUAACAGUCACAGGUCACUGAGUGCAAAAGUGGUUGCUGUUUUAGUCUAUUACCGACCUGAAAUCUUGAAUAUGAUGUGAACUCAAACGGUUUCUAUUUGAGAGAAAAUAAUAGUGGAAAAGUCUAAUUGAUAAUAAUAAUAAUAGAUAGCAUUUGUAUAGCGCAUAUCCCCGCUCUACAGCAGGCUCUAUGCGCUUUAC